AUGUCGCAAGCACGUCUACCCCCACCACCUCCUCCGCAAUGGGUUGUUGCAUUGAACUCGCCCAUGCCCCGCGCCUCAAAGGGUGCUUCCAGCAUCCCUGAUCCCCCAGGCUUCUCGAGCAAUCGAGGCAAGCGUCAACAACAGCAAACCACCACUAAGAAGCCCGAGGAGACCGACACACUGAAGAUGAAAAAGGCGUGGGAGGUCGCCAUGGCCCCGUCGAAGCAGAUUCCUAUGAACGCCAUUAUGAUGUACAUGUCUGGCAACAGUCUUCAGAUUUUCAGCAUCAUGAUGGUCCUUAUGUUGUUCAAGGGUCCCAUUCAGGGUAUAAUCAACACAAAUGCCGCGUUUGCCAAAUACGAAUCCCCCUCGACCCAUUCGCGUCUUAUCGGCGUGAAGAUCGUAUACAUGUUGAUGCAGCUGGUAUUAUUGGCACUGGGUAUCUGGAAGGUGAAUGCGAUGGGUCUAUUGCCAACUACGAGAUCGGAUUGGCUAGCGUGGGAAUCGGAACGGCAAUCCUUGGAGCAUGCCCAGUUUGCCUUCAGGUGA